AUGGAGAUUACAGUAACUGAUGCGCACAGAGAGAAGGAAGGUUCGACUGAUAGUUUUAUUUCGUAUCAAGUUAAUACAAAGACCGAGAUGAAGGGCUUUUCUGGACCUAGCGUAUCUGUCCGUCGUCGAUUUCAAGAUUUUGCAUGGCUUCAUCACGUCUUGGGUAGAGAUCACCCAGAAGCAAUUCUUCCUCCCUUACCCGACAAGCACCGCAUGCGUUAUGUUCGUGGUGACCGUUUCAGCCCAGAGUUUGUGGAGAAGCGUAGAGCGAGUCUUGAACGGUUCUUGAAAAAGAUUGCUGUCCAUCCAACACUCCAGCGUGCAGAGAGUCUUCGUGUAUUUCUGGAUUCGAAAGACUGGAACUCAGACCUUGCACAGCAAAACAAGAAACGACAGGACGAGGGUCGCUUAGAUGCUAUCGGAGAUGCAUUGCUAAAUGCAUUUUCAAAGAUUAAGAAGCCUGAUGAGAAGUUUGUGGCUAUGCGAGAUGAAGUUGACAAAUUAGAAGAAAACUUGCAAGGAUUGGAAAAACUGGAACAAAGGAUUCUAAAACGACAUGAGGAGCUUGAAGGAGACUAUCGAGAAUUCGGAGGCUCGGUAGCCGGUCUUGGUAACUUGGAGACUGGUAUCACAGAACCUCUACACCGCUUUGCACACACGGUAGCCAGCUACGCUACCAUUUUAAACGAACUGUCGACACGUGAGGAUACUGAGUUUUUAACACAACUUCACGAGUGUCUAGCCUACUGCAACAGCGUCAAGAGCGUCCUUAAGCUACGGGAUCAAAAACAGCUGGAUUUCGAGGAGCUAACAGAUUAUUUACAGCAGCAGGUGACUGAGCGUGAUAGACUUCUAAGCAAUGGACGCCUUGGUGGGUCAGCCACUAUCGGGGGUUUCUUCCAGCAAAAAAUGGAUGAAAUCAAGGGUGUGGAUCAAGAGCGCGCCAAGCAGGAAAAGAUCAAGCGUGUUGAGGAGAGGAUUAAAGAGCUGGAAGAUGCUGUGGUGAAAAGCAAUGACGAAUCUGUCCUUUUCUCAAACGAGACGGUCAAAGAGUAUGAGAUUUUUCAGCUGCAAAAAACAAAAGACAUGCGACAGUGUCUACUGGACUAUACAGCAGGCAGAGUGGAAUUUUUUGAAAAGGGUAAGGAGCUUUGGGACCAAAUUAUUCCUGUCCUAGAAGCAAUCCAAGUGGAUGAUGACUAA